AUGACCACCGAAGCGAGCCCCCGAAAGGACGAGACCUCCGCUGGGUCCCCGCAGCCCGAGAAACUUUUUGGCAGAAAGUUCUAUGAGAGCAUCGGCAGUCCCAAAUAUGUUGUUGCCCCAAUGGUGGACAGAUCUGAAUUCGCGUGGCGCAUGCUCACUCGAUCCUUUAUGCCCCCGAACGAUCCAAAGCCUAUGCUAGCAUACACACCCAUGUUCCACGCCCGCUUAUUUGGUGAACAAGAACGUGUCCGGGCCUCUCAUUUCCAACCAACGCGGAAAGCUGUUGGAGAAAAGAAGGAGGAUUCAUACCUUGAUGGAAAUCCCGCGAUUGAUCGACCUCUCUUCGUUCAAUUCUGUACAAAUAACCCUGAUGAAUUCCUCGAAGCCGCUCGUCAUGUCGUUCCCCAUUGCGACGCCGUGGACUUGAACCUCGGCUGCCCCCAGGGAAUUGCACGAAAGGGACACUAUGGGGCUUUCCUUCAAGAAGACUGGGAUCUGAUUUACAAGCUGGUCAACAAGUUGCAUACCGAACUCCCGAUUCCCGUUACCGUGAAGUUCCGUAUCCAAGAGACCAAGGAACAGACGUUGGAAUAUGCCAAGAUGAUUCUCUCCGCCGGCGCGAGCAUCAUUACGGUCCACGGCCGCAGGCGGGAACAGAAAGGUCAUAACACGGGAGUCGCAGACUGGACCUACAUUCGCUACCUCCGCGACAACCUCCCUCCAGACACUGUUAUUUUCGCCAAUGGCAACAUCCUCAACUAUGACGACAUCGAAACGUGCCUCGAGGCGACCGGUGCUGACGGUGUAAUGAGCGCAGAAGGCAAUCUGUCAGACCCAACAAUCUUCAGCAAGCCACCUGCACCUGGCACUGAAGGAAGGGACUUUUGGCGAGGCCGGGAUGGAAAGGGAGGAUACCGGAUCGAUGCAAUUGUCCGUCGGUACCUUGAUAUUAUCUAUAAGCACGUUCUGGAACAGCCUGUCCCAGAGAGGAAGCCUUUAUACCUGCCAUCCGACCCGGUCGAUGAGUUCGCAGAGACAGACCAAGCUGAAGAGGAUGAUCACGCGGACGGACCGCUCAAAAAGAAACAAAAGCGAGGCAAGGCAGAGAAGGGAAAGAAGAACUCUUCCCCCAACCUUAGCUACAUGCAGGGGCACCUGUUCCAACUUUUGCGCCCCAUGGUCUCAACCCAUACAGAUGUUCGAGACGCGCUUGCGAAAUCACGGCCGAACGACAUGGCCACAUUUGAGCACACUCUGACCCUCCUUGAGAAGGCCAUCAAGGGCGGUCUUCAAGAAUAUGAAGCUAACCCAGAAAAAUUCGAAUCUCAGCCAGAUGAGAAUUUGAAGGGAUCAAAGGCAGUCAUCGCGGAAUAUGGACGUCCCUGGUGGAUUUGCCAGCCCUAUGUCCGUCCUUUGCCCGAGGAGGCUUUUGAGCUCGGCGCAAUGCGGGAAAAGGGCUCUAAGCCCCCCGGGCAAGCCGCCCAAGAGGAAUCCAAACAAGAGACCAAUACAUCUGCCACCGAGAACAGUGCUACACCUGUCCCGAGCACAGCGGCCGGUACCACUACGCUCACCACCGAUCCUCUCGUGAGUGGCUAA